AUGCAUGUCGCCGAAUCUGAGGACGUAAUUGAAGAACGCGUAAUUAAUGAGGAGUAUAAAAUAUGGAAACGAAAUACUCCCUUCCUUUACGAUAUGUUGAUGUCUCAUGCUCUUGAAUGGCCAAGCUUGUCUGCUCAGUGGCUGCCUCUCGUCGAGACGACCGAUGAGGAUUACUCCAUACAUCGGCUAAUCCUUGGCACUCAUACAUCAGAUGAGCAGAACCAUUUGUUAAUUGCUACCGUGCAUCUACCAAAUGAUAAUGCUGAAUUUGAUGCAAGCACGUACGAGAGUGAGAAGGGAAACUUUGGGGGGUUUUACUUCCCAUCCGGAAAGUUGGAAGUUACCAUGAAGAUCAAUCACGAAGGAGAAGUUAAUCGCGCUCGGUAUAUGCCACAGAACCCCGAUAUUAUAGCCACUAAGACUCCCAGUGGUGAUGUUCUUGUGUUUGAUUACGCAAAUCAUCCUGUUCGGGCUCCACCUGAGCGUGGUUGCCAACCAGAUCUCCGGUUAAAGGGUCACGAAAAGGAGGGCUAUGGCCUAUCGUGGAAUGCAACUCACAGUGGGCAUUUGCUUUCCGCGUCCGAUGAUCAGACAAUCUGUUUGUGGGAUAUCUCAGGUUCUCCCUUAGAUGGACGAUGUCUUGACGCCAUGGCCGUCUUUACUGGUCACCAUUCAGUCGUCGAAGAUGUAGCCUGGCAUCUCAUACAUGGUCACGUUUUUGGCUCCGUCGCUGAUGACAAUAAAUUGAUGAUUUGGGAUACUCGAAGUUCUUCUAGGAGCAAGGCCCAACACCAAGUCGAUGCGCACACUGCCGAAGUUAAUUGUCUCGCUUUUAACCCGUUUUCGGAAUUCAUUCUUGCCACCGGCAGUGCCGAUAAGACUGUGGCUCUGUGGGACUUGCGAAAUCUACGUCUAAAACUACAUUCGUUUGAAUCACAUCGAGAUGAAAUCUUCCAAGUCCAAUGGUCACCUCACAACGAAACAAUUCUUGCCUCCUCGGGCACGGAUCGUCGGCUCCACAUCUGGGAUCUCAGCAAGAUUGGCGUCGACCAAACCAGUGAGGAUGCAGAAGACGGGCCACCUGAGUUGCUUUUUAUUCAUGCCGGUCAUACGGCCAAGAUCUCGGAUUUUACUUGGAACAUCAACGAACCCUGGGUCAUUUGUUCUGUAUCAGAAGACAACAUUCUGCAAAUAUGGCAAAUGGUGAGUCUCCUCUUCUGA